AUGAAUAUUUAUAAUAUAAUAUCUAAAAUUAUUUUGUUGCAAUUUUUUGGAACCGUUUAUGCAAGACAGUUGCGGGUAACCGAUCAAGUAUUUUUUGAUAUCGCCAACGACGAAAAGCCGUUGGGUCGAAUCGUAAUUGGAUUGUUUGGAGAUUUGGCACCUAAGGCUGUAAAGAAUUUUAAAGUCCUUGCAACGAAGGGUAUUAACGGCAAAUCAUAUAAGGGCACUAGUUUUAAUCGAAUCAUUAAACGAUUUAUGGUACAAGGCGGAGAUGUGGUGUCUGAUAAUGGUGCCGGUUCAAUAAGUAUUUAUGGAGAAGUAUUUGACGACGAGAACUUGGAUACCGAACACACAUAUGCUGGCUUUGUAUCAAUGGCAAAUAAAGGUAAAAAUACGAAUGGUUGCCAGUUUAUUAUAACUCUAAAAGGCACGCCAUGGCUUGAUGGACUACAUACAGUUAUUGGAAAAGUGGUAGAAGGACAAAACAUUGUUCAUGUCAUAGAGCAUACGCCGACAAACGUUGACGAUCGCCCAACAAAACGGGUCUUCAUCGCAAACAGUGGACUAUUGCCUACAGAUCCAUUUUACAUAUCUGACAAUCCUUAUGAUAUAUGGGGCUGGGUAAGAGCUUCGGCUGUACCGCUUACUAUGUCUUUCUCUAUACUUGGAUUCUUUCAUUGGAUGAUAUCUAAAAUUGACUUUUAG